GUACGAGAACUUGUCCUGGACAACUGCAGCUCAAAUGAAGGAAAAAUCGAAGGCCUCACAGCAGAAUUCGUCAAUCUGGAAUUCCUCAGUUUGAUAAACGUUGGUUUAAUCUCAGUCUCCAACCUUCCCAAACUUGGGAAACUCAAAAAGUUGGAACUCAGUGACAACAGAAUCUCUGGUGGCCUUGACGUGCUAGCAGAGAAACUCCCCAACCUCACACAUCUAAAUCUAAGUGGGAACAAACUGAAGGACAUCAGCACAUUGGAACCUUUGAAAAAGCUGGACAGCCUGAAGUCUCUGGACCUGUUCAACUGUGAGGUGACCAACCUGAAUGACUACAGGGAGAGUGUAUUCAAGCUGCUCCCUCAGCUCACCUACCUGGACGGGUACGACGUGGAGGACCGGGAGGCGACCGACUCGGACGGAGAGGUGGACGAUGACGACGAUGAGGAAGAGGAUGAGGAGGGAGAGGAGGAAGACUUUGAUGAAGAGGACGAUGAUGGUGAUGAAGAGGAGGGAGUAGAAGGAGAGGAGGAUGAUGAGGUCAUCGGAGAUAAGGAGGAGGAAGACCUUGGCAUUGACGGUGAAGUUGAAGAUGAGGAGGAUAAUGAGGACGACGAUGAAGAGGUCGAGGCUGUCCAAGGAGAGAAGAGAAAGCGAGAACCUGAUGACAACGAUUAUGAUGGCGAUUAAGAGCAAAAGACGAGAGCCAAUCAAGUUGCCAGCCCCUUCCCGCUCCAGUAGUAGUUAUAUAGGAUGAGCCUUGACUAGAAUACAGUAUAUACAUAUGAAGUGGGUAAAACAGUAUGUAAACAU